UUAGCGUAAUUAAAGCAAUAAAGUCAUAUAAUUGGUGUGUAUAUAUAUUCGUAUAUUACUUCUUUAAUGAUCAUUUAUAAAAAGAAAAAAUAGAAUUUUACAGUUAUUACGAUACAUUGGCUGCACAAAGGAAUUGCAAAGUAGUGUCAUUUUAAUCUGUUCCUUGUCUUUGCUUCGGCGGAUAACUAGAACGUAUACUAAAGUUGUUAUCUUUCAGUUUCCGGCUGCAUAACACUGCAUACGUGACUUCGGAGAUGUCCGCGUCUCCUCUUAUUUUAAUUAGCUUUGAUAUUCCCUUACAGCUCAUCUUUCCUUUCUACUGUUUCCUUCUCUUUUUUAUAGAUUAAUUUGCAAAAAUUAUAACGAAUUUAAUAUUCUUCGUCAUUGAAGCUCAAAUUUCUUCGGCAAAGAUAUCACAAUCAAAUGCGUGCGCGCAAACCUACGCACUGCCAGUAACGACGCAAAUCUUGCAUUUUUAUAUGACCAUUUUAAACGAGGAUUGAAUGAACAUAAUGAUAGGAUGAUUUCGCGUUGUCCUGAAAGAGAGUAUCACGUUUCAUGAUACUGUAUUUCAACUUGACUUUAUACAAUUUGAUAUUUCCACGAGUUUGUUAGUUGCGUUUAGACAUGACAUGAUUUUUAACACAGCCGGCAACUUCGUUUGUAUUACACUCGAGUCAUGAUGUCAUGUCGAAAAAGUAACCAUGAAUACCGCUCGCUCGAGUAUAACAGACCUCCAUGUGUUUAUGUUAUUUCGUCAGAAAUAGACAAACGCUCCUUAAAUUCCAAUGUUCUCGUUUUUACUGUUGCCACGAACGAGACCGAUGGUUACAAGAGGUAUGUCAGGUCCGUUGACGUCUACGGAUUUCGCGAUAACUUAAGGGUCCUUGGUACGGGAAGCCCUUGGCUGGGCGGUAAAGUACGGACUAGUGCGGGUGGAGGAUAUAAAGUUAAUCUACUGAAACAAGCUUUAGAAAAAUAUAAAAACGAUGAAGAAAGAAUUGUGAUGUUUACGGACAGUUAUGACGUGAUAUUUUUAUCUGGCUUAACCGAAAUCAUCGAAAAAUUUAAGAACACGAAUGCCAGAAUUUUAUUUUCUGCCGAAGGAUCAUGUUGGCCGGACAAAUCAUUGGCCUCUAAGUAUCCUCCUGCAACUGGAGGGAAGCGUUUUCUAAAUUCUGGUGGCUUCAUAGGCUACGCUUCGGAUAUUUACGCGAUUUUAACAUAUGCUCCCAUAAAAAAUGAAAACGACGAUCAAUUACAUUACACGAUAGCGUAUCUCGACGAAAAACUGAGAGAGCAGCACAAAAUCAAGUUGGACCACAAAUCUGAAAUAUUUCAAAAUCUCUAUGGCGCUGUAGCCGACGUGGAGUUGAAAUUUGAGGGAGGGAAAGCCUCUCUAUUAAAUACAGUUUACAAUACAGAACCGCUGAUCCUUCACGGGAAUGGUUAUAGCAAAUUAUCUUUGAAUUCUUUGGGAAAUUAUUUGGCCAAUGCUUGGAGUCCCGAAGAAGGAUGCGUCAUGUGUUGGGAAGGCACGACAGAAUUAGAUAAAACGCUGCCGGAAACAUAUCCAGUUAUAUUAAUCGCUAUAUUUAUCGAACGACCUACUCCCUUUUUGGAAGAAUUUUUGUUGACGAUAUACGAACAAGCGUACCCAAAAUCUAAAUUAGAUCUAUUUAUUCACAACACCGUGGAAUACCAUCAAGACGUAGUUAAUGAUUUUAUAAAGAAAUUUGGAAAAGAGUAUAGAAGUAACAAACAAGUUCUUCCAAAAGAUUCCAUAAACGAAGCUGAUGCAAGAAACUUAGCCAUGGACUACUGUUUGCUGAAGAAAUGCUCUGGUUACUUCUCAGUGGAUUCCAUUGCUCACUUGGACAACGAAUAUACCUUAAAGUUACUGGUAGAACAGCAACGUGGAAUUGUCGCUCCCUUGCUAGUUAGACCUUAUAAAAUGUGGAGUAAUUUCUGGGGUGCUAUAAUGGACGACGGAUUCUACGCUCGAAGCUUCGAUUAUAUGGAAAUUGUAAAGAAUGAACGCAGAGGAUUAUGGAACGUACCAUUUAUCAGCACUUGCUACCUAAUUAAUGCAACGUUAAUAAGCAACAAAGAGACCCGUCCGUCCUACGUUGAGGGUGAUUUGGACACGGACAUGGCUUUUGCUUAUGCUAAUAGAGAACGAUCUAUCUUCAUGUACGUUAGUAAUAGAGUUGAUUUUGGACAUCUCGUUAAUCCAGAUAGUUACGAUAUUGCACUCACGCAUCCCGAUUUGUAUCAAAUUUUGGAUAACAAAUUAGACUGGGAAAAAAAAUACAUACACGUAAAUUACUCUGAAAACUUCAACCCUGAACGAACUCCCAUACAGCCUUGCCCAGACGUUUACUGGUUUCCUAUAGUAAACGAGAAAUUUACCAAAUCAUUGAUCGAUAUUAUGGAAGCAUUUGGAAAGUGGUCGGAUGGAUCCAAUAAUGAUCCAAGAUUAACGGGUGGUUACGAAAAUGUACCAACUCGUGAUAUUCAUAUGAAUCAAGUAAACUUUGAGCCACAGUGGCUGUAUUUCUUAAAGGAGUACGUUAGGCCCCUUCAAGAGCACGUUUUCAUCGGAUAUUACCAUGACCCACCACGUUCGCUCAUGAACUUCGUCGUAAGAUAUCGCCCAGAUGAACAACCAUCAUUGAAGCCACAUCAUGAUAGUUCAACUUAUACGGUUAACAUCGCGCUGAAUAAGCGGGGAGUGGAUUACGAAGGAGGAGGUUGCCGAUUUAUCCGAUAUAAUUGUUCUGUCACGGACACAAAACCUGGUUGGAUGUUGAUGCAUCCUGGAAGAUUAACUCAUUUUCACGAAGGACUUCGAGUAACUAAUGGUACUCGAUACAUUAUGAUUUCAUUCGUCGAUCCUUAAUUCGUUAAACAAAUGACACGACCUCUUCAAUAAUGGAAAUAAAUAUAUAUCAUCGUAUUAGAAGAGAAGGUGUAUAGAAAACAUUUGAAUGUUUUCAUACACGUUUAUCUAUUAACCAAUAAGUUACUUGUUAGUCGCAUACUUAAACUGCCGAAAUGAACAAACUAUGCAUUUAAGAAAAAGAAUGUCCUCUUGUUGAUGUUAUUUUUUUAACGUGUGAAGAAUAUUAAUGUGGAACAAUUAGAAAUCGUAAGUGUUUGAAAAUAAAGCGUUAAGUUGCAUUUGUAUUUGUUAUCUUUGACAAUACUAUGGAAUAAUUAUUAGUA